GGAAAAAUUUUCAGUUUCAGAGUAAGGGUUGGAGGCUGCAACAAUCUCCGUCGAAGGCUUCGCCCGCCGUCGGCUCUGUUGCUAUUCAUGCGACUUUCGCCUCUUCCGUUAUCAAUCUUCUCGCGAAAUAAUUCAGGUGAGAGAAAAAGAAGAAGGGGAAACCGGAAGUUGACGGUAGCAGAAUGGUGGUUUCCAGUACCAAUCCUCACAAUAAGGAGAUAGCAAUCAGGAGAAGGAUUGCUAGCAUAUUCAAUAAACGUGAAGAUGAUUUCCCAUCUUUGAAAGAAUACAAUGAUUACUUGGAGGAAGUAGAGGACAUGACAUUUAACUUGAUUGAAGGAAUAGAUGUUUCUGCUAUUGAAGCAAAAAUUGCUAAAUACCAGGAAGAAAAUGCAGAACAAAUAAUGAUUAAUCGAGCCCGAAAGGCUGAAGAAUUAGCUGCAGCUCUGACAGCAAGUAGGGGACAACCUGCACAAACUGAUAAUGAUGUGGCUUCAAACCAAAACUCUCAAGCAGGGCUUGGUGCUGUCCCUCAGGGACAAUAUGCACCUACAUUUCCAGGACAGCCUAGACCUACAGGUAUGGCCCCACAACCUUUACCACUUGGAGGGGGUGACAUGCUGGGCUAUGCAGGUGAUGAUGAGGAAACAAUGCGGCUUCGAGCUGAGAGAGGAGCAAGGGCUGGAGGAUGGAGUCUAGAAUUAAGCAGGAAGAGGGCACUUGAAGAAGCCUUUGGAAGCAUGUGGAUUUGAUGAGACACCUUUUCAUACAAGGCACGACGUGCUUAUUCAAUAUGGUGUUUAGAUAAUUUAUAAAUUCUAAGGGCAUGCAAAUUCCAGUGUCACAUAAGCUUAUUCACAUGGAUAUUGUGAUGUAAAUUUUGUAGGAUGUAAUAUUUGUUGUAUUUUGGUUUUGCCAACCAUAUUAAAUUUUAUAACG